CUAAAUUAAACACGAACCAAACAAACUCACCCUUUCUCAGAUAGGUUCAUCCUCUCUCUUCGACGUUGUUAGGGUUUCUCUCACUCUUCGAUCUCUUCGCGAUUUGUUCUCUCUUCACCAUCGAUUGCGUCAAUGGCCAGUAAUGGUGCCAAUGGUGCCGGAGUUAAGCACAGUGGCGAAGUUCCUGGUAUCGUUGUGCCCUUUACAGCGUCGAAUUCGGGUUUGAGAGCUUCCUACGGCGUCGAAGGGAUACCACUGUCUAAUUCAAAUCUUUAUAUAUCCGUUGUUCCGGAGACCUCUCUGACUUUCGAGGGUGAGUUCGUGCCUGAUUCCGAUGAUAUAGAUUCAGAUCUUCAUAGAUCUGUGGUUUCGGAGACUUUCGGGACCUUUGACGGCGAGUAUGCGCCAGGCUCUGCUUCGCAUUUACUCUUAUCCAAGGUGCCGGAAUCUCCUAACAUUCUUUACGGGAUGGCUGUGCCGGAUUCCGAUGAUGAAUCUACCGCUAUUGCGCCGGUGGGCAUAAACCCUAAAAGGGAUGGAUGGUGGAGACUCCCUUGCCGGAGGUCACUCUGCUGUUGUCCGUGAGGUUGUCCUUGAGUUCUUGAGAAUUUACUGUCCUCUUUCCAUGUCAUUGCCCGAGUUCUCUAAGGUAUACAUUACGUUGUUUUAUUUAUCGGAGUUUGAAGGGGAAAAUUACAUUUUGCGGGUUGAAAUAAAAAUUUUCUAAACGUUUUUUUCUGUGUAAUCUAGGUUCUGUGAUGUGUGAGUAAUGCAUAUUGUUUGGAGGCUUACUGUUAAGUAAUGCAACCACAUGUGCAUUACAAUUGAUACACACAUGACUUACUCAAUGCUGAUUAUAAUUUCAUAGUGUAAUGUCACUUCCCUUAGUGUGUGAGUAAUGCAUAUUGUUCAUGGAGGCUUACUGAAUACGUAAUGCAACCGCAUGUGCUUCAAAUUUGUACACACACUGCCCCUACUCAAUGAAGAUUUUUAUCGGAGAGAGUAGUUUAAAUAUACUUCUGAGAGUGAGUUGACAACACUCUAUGAUGACAAACAUUGUUUUGA